AUGAGUCGUGUACCAAGUCCAGCGAAGGCAGCUAUCAGGGAGGAGAUUGAAAAGAAAUUGACAACACUCACAGACGAGGAAAAGAAAAGACAAUCUGAUAUUGUUUUUAAUAAGUUAAUCAACCAUCCGUAUUAUAAAUCAGCGAAGAGGAUCUCCAUAUUCAUGAGCACUCCUACAGAGGUUGACACGGCGCCAAUCAUCAAACACAUCAAGAGUAAAGGUGGGGAGGUGUUUGUGCCGCAGUACGCGGGCGGAGUGAUGAAGAUGUUGAGGCUGGAGACAGGAGAUGAGGAGAAGAUGCCGGUCACGAGACAUGGGAUACAACAACACGCGAAACAUAUGGCCAGGGAAGACGCUUUGGAGAAAGGUUUAGACCUCAUUAUAGCCCCUGGCGUUGCCUUCUCCAAGUCCGGUGGUCGCGUGGGACACGGAGGAGGCUACUAUGAUAAAUACAUCACCAACCUCCGGUCCAACCCUGAAACAGCUCCUAAAAUUUUAGCCGUUGCCUUCAAGUGUCAAGUGUUAGACGAGGUCCCCAUGGACGAAUUAGACCAAAGAAUUGACGAAGUGUUAUUCGCUGAAGACUGA